AUGCUCUUCACCACCUACUUCAACUGCCCGGAUUGCAAGCUGCCAUUCGAUCAGGAUCGUCGCUUUCCGGUCGCCGGGCCACACACGUUUCUGGCGAAGUUUAACGGUCAGCCACGACUCGUUCGCGCCAAGAAUUUCGACGAAUUCAAGGAGGAACUGGCUGCGAAGGAAGACGAGAUCAAGCAACUGACGAAGAAGUUGGAAGCCAUUGAUGCGAAGAAGGAGGAGGACCGACACACAUUUCUGGCGACGUUUAACAGUCAGCCCCGCUUCGUUCGCGCGAAGCAUCUCGACAAAUUCAAGGAGGAACUGGCUGCGAAGGAUGACGAGAUCAAGGAACUGACGCAGAAAAUCACCAUCGUCACGGGCGGCAUAAACGUCACCGAAAAGGUUAAAACUGUGGUGCAGAAGCUGUUCGAACAAUGGAAAUCGGGCCAGCGUGACGAAUUGAUGGUUUAUAUCUACACUGACGCGGCGCUUGACCCAUACGAGAUCGACGGCUACUGCCACCCAUACGGCCAACGCGAUGUUUUGUCCAGAGGCGACGAGAUGUUGCUGGAAUUGUUGAUCUACCCACAGCUGUCCUACAUGGGCUGCUUUUUCUGCGCCGAUGAUGAUGACCCCUGG